CACUGCCAUAUUCUUAUCUUCUUUAAAACCCAUCCUUCCUACUUCCUACAAAGGUGUCUUCUUUUUUGCUGUUAUUAUCAAUAACUUGAUUUCUUGGCAGUUUGGGAACCAUUCUCGUCUUGGGAUUUUCAGAGGAAGAUUUUUUAUAUCUCGUUGAGGAGCUAUGGAGUUCUCUAGUUUCGUUGAUACUUCUUUGGGACUGAAUGUGAUGCCUAUCAGAGUUCGCGAAAACGGGCCGAAACAACAAGUCCAAAGCAAUAUGAUUGACUUGGGAAGGAACUUUGGAAACAAUGAUGAGGAAGUGGAGGCGAUGCAGGAGUUGAGAAAAUUGAGUGAAGAGAACAAGAGGUUGAGUGAAGUGCUGACGGUGGUGUGUGAGAACUACAAUGCGUUGAGGGAGCAGGUGAGGGAGUACAUGAACAAGCAAAGCAGCAGCAGCAAUGGAGGUAGUAAUAGCAGUGAUGAUCAUCACAGCCAUGUUGUUUUGGGAUCAAGAAAGAGGAAAGCUGAAAGCAAUAAUCAUGGUAGCAAAAAGAAAAAACAGAUCAACCAGAAGAUGGAUGGCCAUAACUCUGAGAGCAGUUCAAGUGAGGAAAACUCUGCUGCAAACAAGUCAUCCCCCUCUGCAAGGGAUGUGGAUGUGGGCCCCCACCUCCACCCCAUCAAUGCCAAUUCCUCCAAAGUUUAUGUGAAGACAGAAGCAUCAGACACCAGCCUUAUUGUGAAUGAUGGGUAUCAAUGGAGGAAAUAUGGUCAGAAGGUAACAAGAGACAAUCCUUGUCCAAGAGCUUACUUCAGAUGCUCUUUUGCUCCUACCUGCCCAGUCAAGAAGAAGGUUCAGAGAAGCAUAGAAGAUCAGUCAAUUUUGGUGGCAACAUACGAAGGAGAGCACUAUCACCACCCCCUCCCUUCAAAGCCAGCGGGUGCGGUCAGCCGUUCUUUGCCUCCCGUGGGUGGUGGCUGCGCCAGCCCCCUCAACUCCCAAGUACCAAACCUAACCGCGCCCAAAACAGCACCAUAUGGUGCUAAAAUAUCAAGCCCGGCGGAGAGGGUUAUUCCAGCUGAUAGACCGGAGUUUCAAAGGGUCUUGAUCGAACAAAUGGCCUCUUCCUUGACAAAAGACCCUGCCUUCAAAGCAGCCCUGGCAGCCGCCAUUUCAGGAAAGUUUGUCCAACAAAAUAGUAGCUGGUGAAGGAUGUCCAUAUCCGUUCAUAACACCAAAUGAAGAAGAGCUUAUGUCACUUGGUGGGUUACUUGCCAUUAGCCGAUUCUUAGUCAAAAUUAGAAGUAGUUCGAGUGCGUAUUUAGUCCUGCUUGGUGGCGAAAUUUGAAACGUGCAUGUAUAUACACUAGCAACUAGCAGUACUGUUUAUCAAGGAGGGUCCGUCCACAUGACUUUCGGCAAGCUAGCUAAGCUAGAGGUUGAAAGUUCAAGGCCUGAAAUGCCUUUCUUUUGUACUGUAGCAGCCCUGGCAGUAUUAUACACGAAGUACAAGGAUUCAAAUUUCAAAGGAAUCUGAACAACCUCUCUUCAGCUCGAUUUGACUUUUUUCUUGUGUUCUGUAGUUUGAAUAGUUCCUUCCUACAAUGUGCAUCUUUUUCAACAUAUAUAUGACCAGAGUGGCAGAAAUAUAGAACAUUGACUUGCCAAGUAGCUAUGGUAUGAUGCAAUAAAUAAUUGUUAACUACUUUACCUUAUUUCAUUUCACUUCCAGCUCUCCUCAUUUUGUCCACAAGUCAUUGUUUCGGGGAUCCCCCAUAGCUGCUUUUGGAACGAGAAUAGAGGGUGUGGAUUUCCACCCCCAAUGGAGUAUAAAUAUAAUUCCUUUUAUUCAUUCUACCUGUACUCAGAUUACGAGUGAAUAUACC